AUGUCUUUCGCAUCCUCAACUGUCAUGCCCCUGGCUUUGCUCGCCAUCUUUGCGACGAUCUCACCGACCGUUUGCUUCCCGCAAGACCUUUCCUUGACCUCAGCAACACCAACUUUGACACAGACCCCAACUGACACUCGGGCUAUGGGUUGCGUAACCGGUGGCGUAAACGUGUACAUGGAGCCACUGGUACUUGAGCUUCUGGGCGCCUCUUUCUGCUCUCGACUCAUCGCCAAUGGCGAUUACCCACCAACCAAUAUCCUUGCCUGGGGCAGUGGUUAUCCAAGUGACCUUGGACCCGUGGACGACAAGCCCAAGGCUGUAGAGAAGCGAGAGGUCGACACAGAAGAGACUAUCCAUCGUCGCGACUCGGCCACAGAUGCCGACGUCAACACCCCUACUAUCCUCAACACAACAGAAAUGGAAAUAUCCGGCGUCAUUGCAGAGUUCCUGUUCUUUCGUUCAAAACCCUACACCGUCGGAGACACCGUGUUCAUCGAGGGUUCCGACGAACAGUGCGCGCGGGACGACUGUGCGGCCUUCUACCACCAGAUGGUCAACCGCUGCAAGUUCAACUCGCACGUGGUCGGCGGUUUUGGCGCGUACCUUUCCGACUGCGGCCAGUACAGCUACUUCGUGCAGAACUGCUCAGACAACUAUGUCGACCCGGACUGCAAGAUCUGGCACCAGAGGUGGCCGAACUUCGGGGUGCCGGAGAACAUGACGCAAGUCUGGAACAUCACGCACGGUAUCGGGUCCAAUGGAACAGCGGCGAAGGGCGCUGUGGAGGAGCUGGCAGGCGAGUCCGGUGCACCCCAGUUUCCUGAUCUGAGAGGUCUUGCGGAUAGGUUUGCCAAUGUGGCCAAGGAGAUUGCUUGGGAAGAUUGA